GGACUAAGAACACACCUCCUUUUAUAAGGAAUUUUCUCCUUUGCAAAUGCUAUGGAGAACAGCUGGCUCCUUUUGCUCUUUGCACUUCAUCUGAGAGGCAUCUGCUCCUCCUUCGUCAACGUCAACCGUGGGUUGAAAGUGAUGAAGGGUCAGUCUAUCUUCCUGUCACAAGAGGACUUGCAGUUUUCCAUCCCCAGAGAGAAGGAUGCUUGCAAAGUAGAAGUGGUGAUGAACGAACCAAUGACACAGAGGGUUGGGAAGCUAACCCCACAGGUGUUUGACUGUCAUUUUCUUCCCAAUGAAGUCAAGUACACUCACAAUGGAUGUCCAAUUCUUAAUGAAGACUUAGUCAUGCUGCGGUUAUACAGAUUUACAGAAACGGAAACUUUCACAGAAAUAGUCACCCUUCUUGUAAAGUUACUUGAACCAGAUUGUAAUAUUAUCAAGAUGAGCUCCAGUGCUCUGGAGGUCCCUGAGUUUCAUGGCCUGUCUAAUGUCAUUAACAAGAACAUAAUUACUUUGGACUAUAACACGAAGAUUAACUUAGAGUGCACUAUAAGCCUGGUCUCCCUAGAGACGUUUCUACCAGCCCAUGGUCAAGUUGUUACUGGAGAAGCAAAGGAAGAAGAACCUCGUGGAGAUCAACCUCAUAGUUUUUUCCCCACAUCCAUCCAUAGGGCAGGUGAAAGGUGCCCAACUGGAAGUUGUCUUUCUGGCUUGAAGACCAUUCAGAAUAUCAGAGUGAGCUGUGAGGAUUUUCUCCUGAUGGGCCUUAGAUACCAGCACUUGGACCCACCUUCGCCCAAUGUUGAUUAUAUCCCCAUCAGACUGGAUCUCACUGAUCGCAGAAGCAAGACUGUGUACAAGUCUGAGCAUGCUUGGCUUCCUGUUCAGAUCAGAGGUGCAAUUUCUAACCAGGCCCCGCAAGCUGCUUUUAUGGCUAUGCUCAUCCUGGAAGUGGACCAGUUCAUUUUGAGCCCCUUGUCAACAGCCAUAUUGGAUGCUGAAGACAGUGAAACAGCCCAGUCUCUGCUGGUCUUCAACAUCUCCAAACCACCCCAGGAAGGCUACAUCACACACCUGCAAGACCACACUAAGCCUGUCUCAUCCUUCACGUGGAACAGUCUCAACGAUAUGCUCAUUGCAUAUCAGCCACCAAACAGCAGUCAUUCGGAGAGGAGAAAUUAUGAGGUGGAGUUUGAAGUUCAUGAUUUGUACUUUGAAAAGAGUUCACCCAUUACUCUUUAUAUCUCUGUUAGAACAACAAAUACCAAUGCUCCUCGAGUUUCAUGGAAUACAGGUCUUGAUCUCUUGGAAGGACAGUCUCGCUCUAUAACAUGGGAACAGUUUCAGAUUGUAGACAACGAUGAUAUCAGUGGGGUUCGCUUAGUCACUGUUGAUGGUUUACAGCAUGGACAACUCACUUUAAGAGGAGGAAAAGGAUUCAUGCUCACAGUCUCAGACCUUAAGGCUGGUGUUGUUCGUUACCAUCAUGAUGACAGUGACUCCACAAAGGACUAUAUUGUCUUCAGGAUCUUUGACAACCGCCAUAGCAGCCGCCACCGGUUUCCAAUCAACAUAUUGCCUAAAGAUGACAGCCCCCCAUUCCUCAUUAGUAAUGUUGAAAUAGAGGUGCAUGAAGGACAAACAAUUCAGAUACAAGGUUCAAUGCUUCAAGCCUCUGACAUGGAUUCUAGUGAUGACUACAUACUCUUUAAUAUCACCAAGGCAUCACAGGCAGGAGAAAUCAUGAAGAAACCAGGACCAGACCUUAUUGGUUAUCCAAUCACUAAAUUCCUUCAGAAAGAUCUUCUUAAUGGGAUAAUCUACUACCGCCACUUAGGAGGAGAAAUAUUUGAAGAUUCAAUUGAAUUGGUUCUAUGUGAUAGUCAUGACCCUCCCAAUCUUUCAGAAACUCAGGUGGUAAGAGUGCAUGUAAUUCCUGUGGAUGAUCAGCCUCCCAAAGAAGUUCCAGGAGUAAGCCGGCAUCUAACUGUCAAGGAAACUGAGAUUGCCCUUUUAACAAAGAAACACCUUAAUUACAAAGAUAUGGAAGCACAGGAAAGGGAGCUCUUCUAUACUAUAACUUCUCCCCCAUUCUUCUCUUCCGUACAAUACCACACAGAUGCUGGGAAGUUAUUUAUGGUAGACAGUAUUCCUAAGAUGAUCAAGGAUCCUGCUACUCCAUCACUGAGAUCAUUCACUCAGCAUGCCAUAAACCACAUGAAAGUUGCCUACAUGCCUCCUUUGCAAGAUAUUGGUCCUGACCUUCAGUUUAUCCAGUUCACAUUUUCAGUCAGCAAUCAGCAUGGUGGAACUUUGUAUGGCAUCUGUUUUAAUAUUACCAUUCUUCCAGUAGACGAUCAGGCUCCAGAGGUGUUUACAAGCAACUUGAAAGUGGAAGAAGGUGGGCUGAGCACCAUUACAGAGGGACACAUUUUGAUUUCAGAUGUGGACACUAAACUGGAAAACAUCUGCAUCUACCUCCUAAGGCCGCCUCUCCAUGGGACUGUAGAGCUGGAUGGAAUUCCUAUGAAUCAAGGGGAUCAGCUCACUUGUGAAGACCUGCACACAUCAAAAGUCAGGUAUCGUCACAAUGGCUCUGAAACUACACAGGAUCAUAUCCUGCUUGCAGCUACAGAUGGUGUAAAUUCCUUUGAGUUUAUCCUACAUGUUAAGGUGAUGCCUGUAAAUGAUGAGCCUCCUGUCAUGAAUGCUGACCUCAUACCCUUCCUGCAAUGUCCAGAAGGUCAGACAGUGUCCAUCACCUCGGCACAUCUUUAUGCUACUGAUGCAGAUAGUGAAGAUAUGCAGUUGAUGUUCAUGCUUGCUCGACAGCCUAAACAUGGGGUUGUGAAGAAAGAUGGCAUCGUAGUAGAUCGUUUUCCCCAAGCAGAUGUUGUUUCUGGAGCAGUGGCAUACGAACACACGAGUGGAGAGAUUGGUUUGGCUCCUUUGUUCGAUGUCCUUACCUUUGUUGUCUCGGACGAUGAAAUUGGCCCAGAUGGAAAUGCCUGUUGUUAUGAUGGAUCUCCUUCUCCUCUUAUGCCGCUCCAUAAAUCCUCCCCAGUGUUUGACAUUAAUAUCACAAUAUUUCCAGUGGAUAACCAGCCUCCAACCAUUGAGACUGGUGCCAUGUUUCUUGUGGAUGAAGGCUCCUCAGCUGCCAUUACAGUUAACCACUUGUCUGCCAUGGAUCCUGACACCAAAGCCGAUGACAUACAGUUUGUUUUAGCUUCUCCACCCCAGUUUGGGUAUAUAGAAAAUAUAUUACCUUCCCCUGGCUUUGAGAAAAGCAACAUGGGAAUAAGCAUCGCUUCAUUUCAGCUGAAAAAUGUGAAGGCCCUGCACAUAAACUAUGUCCAGACCAGGCACAGGAGAAUUGAACCAACCAAAGACCAAUUUAUGCUUUACGCCACUGAUGGGAAACGUCAUUCAAUGGAGACACCAUUUUAUAUCUUAAUCAACCCUGCAAAUGAUGAAGUCCCAGAAUUCAUAGCAAGGAAUAUUACAGUGCAGGAGGGUCAGAUGAAAGAACUGGAUCCAUCUGUAAUAAACGUGGUUGAUCUGGAUGUACCUCAAGAUACUCUGAUGUUUACUGUCCUGCAACACCCCCAGCAUGGCCUCCUUAUCAAUGGGAUGUAUGGCAAUGACAUCAUCCGCUACAAACAGGCAAUUAACAGUUAUCAGCAUCGUGAACUUCCCGUGCAUGAAUUCUCCGUGGAGUUUUUACGAAAAGGGAUGCGGCUGAUGUAUAUGCAUGAUGACUCGGACAGUCUAGCUGAUGGUUUUUCAAUCCAGCUAUCAGAUGGGAAACAUAAAGUGUCAAAAACCAUUUCGGUAGAGGUCAUUCCAGUUAAUGAUGAGAAACCAGUGCUGAGCAAGAAGGGUAAGAUAGAGGUGAAUAUGGGGGAAGCCCAGUUUAUUUCUAGUGCUGUUCUGUCAGCCGAAGAUAAAGACACCCCUAGGGAACAAAUUUAUUAUUUAUUUGAGAGAGUCCCAGAAAAUGGACAGCUUCAGCUCAAGGUAGGCCGUGACUGGGUGACGCUCCAUAAUGGGAUGAAGUGUACUCAGGAGAACAUAGACAUGAACUCUGUGAGAUAUAUACACACUGGAGCGAUUGGCUCAAAGGAACAAGACAGUUUUGUGUUUCACCUGUGGGAUGGAAACAACAGGUCUCCAGUGGUGGUUUUCCCUAUUGCCAUUAAGGACAUGGAAAAGGGAAACAUUGCCGUUUUUGUGAGGCCCCUCACCGUGUUGAAAGGUGACCGAGGCCUCUUGAUGACGGACGUCCUCCUUGCAGUUGAUGGCACUGAGAAGCCAGAGGAGCUCCUCUACGUGAUAACCUCCCCACCUCAGCAUGGACAGAUUGAGUACAUCAGCUAUCCUGGAGUUGCCAUUACAAGUUUCAGCCAAAUGGAUGUGACAGGCCAGGCAGUUUGCUAUGUCCACAACAGCAAGGCAGCUUCUCCCAGAGAUAUGUUCAGAUUCAUCAUCAGCAAUGGGCUAAGAACUAAACAUGGAGAGUUUGAGAUCAUCUUGGAGACAGUGGAUCAAGCCUUACCCUCACUGGUCAAGAACAAGGGUUUAAGAUUAUUUGAAGGUGGCAUGGCGCUCAUUUCUCCAGAUGUCCUACAGCUUUCAGACCCAGACACAGCUCCACAAAACCUUUCCUUUCUCCUAGCACAGCUGCCACAGUACGGCCAGCUCUACAACAGAGAGUCUGGGCUAUGGCGGCAAAGCUUUAGCCAACAUGAUGUGGACACCCGGAAUGUUGCCUAUCGGCACGGAGGAGGAAAUUCUCGGAUUGACAGAUUUACAUUUGUGGCCACGGAUGGAGUGAAUCAGGGCUUCACCAUAAAUGGCAAGAUGCAAGUAGAGCCUGUGGUGUUCAUCAUUCAGGUGGACAGCCCAGCAAAAACAGCCCCAGAAAUUGUCUAUCUUCGGUGUGCUUCAGAUGUAGAACUUCUGAAAAAUGGCAACUAUGGUAUUUACAUUACUAUCCGGUCACUGAAGGCAUCAGAUUGUGAUACGGAUGAUGAUGAAAUCAUUUUUAAAAUUUUAAGAGGCCCUCAAUAUGGCUACUUGCAAAAUAUAACAACAGGUGGAUUUAUUCAGGAAGAAUUCAGCCAGAAGGAUCUAAAUAGCAAAAUCAUACUUUACGUCAUCGAUCCUUACUGGGAGGGGAAUUCGGACAACCUGGAGAUCCAAGUUACUGAUCCCGAAGGAAACUCUGCUGCACCUCAAACAUUGGAACUGAAAUGGUCUAAAAUUGAAAUGCAACAAGAUGGUUAUGAAGUGUGUGAAAAUGUGGGAAUGCUGCCUUUGAAGAUCACCAGGUUGGGGCACACCACAGAUUCUGCUUUCGUUGCAGUAAAGGUCAAUGAAGUGACUGCUUCAUCGGGAAAGGAUUUUACUGUGGCCCCUUCCAAACUUAUUCAGUUUGAUCCAGGAAUGUCAACCAAGAUGUGGAAUAUAGCAAUUACCUAUGACGGAUUAGAGGAAGACGACGAGGUCUUUGAAGUGGUUCUGAUCUCCCCUGUGAAUGCCAUUCUUGGCACCAGGACAAAAGCUGUAGUGAAAAUUUUGGACUCAAAAGGAGGUCAAUGCAGCUCAUUCCAUUCCUCAAGCCAAAACAUUCACAACUUAUGGAUGAAAGGAACAUUGCUUCCAGGCUCCUCUUCGUCUUCCAGGCAUGGCACUGCUCACUUGGAAGGAAUCCCACUGCCCUCUUCCAAAGAGAUGGUAGUGCAGAGCCAGGCCAAGCUACCGGAAUUCAACUCAGUGAAUCUUGCAAGGAGCAGGCUAAGGGCCAUAGGAAAUGGCCAGACAGUCCGUCCUUCUUCGGCAUUUAGAAAUGGCACUGGUGUGUUUUUUAAAUACCAUGGGAUGGCUGUGCUAAGAGUGGAAGAUGACAAUCCAUUGCCUGGCAAAAAGAAGGUGGCAACUGUCACAGUAGUUAACCAAAGACAACCAAGGAAAAACGUGCUUUCUCCCAAGAAAACAGAAGGUCUGCAAGCAGACUCCAGCAUUCAGGUUCAGAGCCCUUCCUUUCCAAAUAGAUGUACACCGGAUUUGAAGGGUCUCUUGCAUUUUGAAGGGCACACCCAGCAGAUGUUUCAGUGUGAUGGUAUUUCUUGGAACUUAUGGAAUCACACAAACAAGGAUGCUAAUAUGAAAACCUGUCCUCCUGGAUGGAGCCAUCAUGAUAGAAGCUGCUAUGUCCUGAUCACUGAUCCAAAAGCCAAAUGGACCACAGCUGCCCAGGCUUGCAGGAAACGGUACCAUGGCAGUUUAGUAAGCGUGGCUUCCAAAUCACACAUGCGAUGGCUGUGGAACUUCAGCGGAAGGAGGCCUUUUUGGAUAGGCUUGAAUGAUCAAAGAAAUCCGGGCCAGUUAGAAUGGAACAAUGGAGAACGAGUUGCUUUCACAAACUGGAGAAAAGGACCACCUCGUCUUUCAAAGAAAGGAAGGAACUGUAUUUUAGUACAGCAACGGGGAAAAUGGCAACGGAAGGACUGUAGGAAGGGCAAAGGACACAACUAUAUAUGCUCGAGGAAACCUUAAAAGAAGAGCUGACAUUCCGAUACAUGCCUGGCCUUAUUUGUGUAUUUAUUUUCAGCCAAGGGGGGCUGGAAGGGCUGAAAAAUGGGGACGCGGGAGGCCUAUUUGCAAUACGUUUUAUAUUGGCAUGGGAGGAAGAUUGAAGGAGCAUCAUCAGAUGAGUGUUUUAUUGCUCACGUUUUUUUGCGGGUCCUUUUGACAACACUGUCUGCUUCCUGAUUGUCUCCUGCUCCUUCUGGUCUUCUUUCAGCGACAAAAUAAGAUCCCAGUAAAUCUGGUUUUGGGGGGGUGUUUUUUGAAACUUAGUGUGCCCCCAUUUCCUGCUGCGUGCAGGAAAAACAGCGUGGUAAAAAAUGCCCACAGAAUGGGCCACCUGGUCACUGUUUACUUCCUCUUUCUUCCCUGUAUGAAGAAAGAGGUAGUAUUGUGGGACAGAAGCGGGGGUGGGAGGGUGAAGUGCCGGUAUGGAAGCACAAUUUCCCCCCUGUCUGAUGACAUUCAGAAUGAUGGAGGAAACUCUGACACUCCCCCUCCUCUUCGCUCCCCCUCCCUCUCUCCAGUGUUUGAUGGUGUAUUGGGUAUGAAUGAAGAAGCAACUUUGUUUGCCCCGGAGUCCCUUUCUAUCAAGACUCUUUCAAGAAAUUCAAAAUAUGAACCAACUAGGGCAGUAACUGGAGAAGACCUCUGGGGUGGAUGUAGACAUUGUGCUGCAUGCUACCUACCCCUUCUUUGCUAGGCAGGAUGUUCCAUUCACCACAAGACUACAGUUCUUUAGUUGUAAAAAUGGAAGCAAAAUGACAUCCUGGUGUACAAAGCUUGUAAAAGAAGAUGCACCAUGUUGGCUACGGAUACUUCUGAACUUGAAAUGGGAGGGAGGGGCAAGACAAAGAAAGUCAGAAUGAUGCCCUUCCCCCUUCACACAUGUUUAAUGUCUCACUGAGAUGGAGGGAAAUGAUGCCUUCUGUUGAGACUGCCACCUAAAAUGAUUGCAUCAUGUUGGCCCUGGAGAUGCAGUACUUUUCUGAACUUUUAAAUUCUUAUUUCAAAUGGAAUAUGGACAGAGCUCAAAUUGUAAGCUCCAAAGAUCAUUACAAACUAGAUCUGGCCAGCAGUGUCAAUUGAUUUCAGGAUUAAAGAGUUCUAGCAGAAUUAUAUAUGCUAUUUCUCAGUGAUAUGUUAGUAUCGCAAAUAAACCCUAAACCUUGUUUGCAUGUAACAUUUCUGCCUCAGCUGUUCUUCACUUGUGCUCUUUCGU